AUGGAAUGGGAGCUGGAGGUGCGAGCCCUGCGGUACGGGAGGAAAUCGGAGUGGCCUCGGUCAUCCCAGCCCGUGAGGACUCGGAGGCGUUGUCUGGAGAAGCUGUGCGCUGAGAGCCAGAAGUCCUCUUUACUUCCCUGUGCCAUAAAUUCUCCCAACACUCCUCAUGAAAUAAAGGAUAAUUAUACUCUCCAAUUAGCAGGUAAACUAGAAACUAGCACAGCUGAAGUACUUGCCCAAGGCCACAGAGGGCACAGUGCAGGGAUGGCGAACCUUUCAGAGCUUUCAGUAAUACACCUUGUGGUUGCAUGCGCCACCACGAGGGUAGUGAGCCCAGGAACGGUCGUGGAGGCAGCUCACAGAGGGAGAAUUCGCAGAGGCACCAAAGCUAGCAGCUCCAAGAGCCGGCUCCCACCCACGACCUUCCAAAAGCCGGCGGGCAAGGGACGGGCCCGCACUUAUUUGUCUCCUCCUAAGAUGAAGACACGAAGAGAGAGGGGACACCUGGGCUCCACUCUGGGGAUGACAGGCAGUGACGGAUGGCAGGGAGACGCAGGUGCAGGGACUCGGGACUCGCAGCCCGGUGACAGAGGCGGGGAAGGAGCGCAGGGCUGCGCUUACUCCGUGGUUUGUCCCUCCCACGCCUCCUUCCGCGAUGCUCUCCUCACCCCUCCCGCCGCGGCCACCCCCACCGCCGGCCUCGCCUCUCCCUCCCCCUGCUGGUCCGCGCUGACUUCGCUCCGGCUGCGCGCCCGGCUGCAGCCAGGUCCCGGCUGCCUGCGAGGCGAGAGGACGCUGUCGGCAGCCGACCUAGCAGGGAGCGGGAGGACGGGUCCCGCGAGCUGGCUGUCCGUCCAUCGGGCGCGCCGGGUGUCAGAGUCGCAAGAGGGGAGAAGUGGGGAGCAGGGAGCGGAGCGGGAGCCUGGGAGGCUGCAGAGGGAGAGGGCGACACCCCGCGCCCGGCGACUCCUCCUGAGGGUCUGCGACACCUCGACCGACCCGAGGCGGCUGAUGCCUAAACGGGCUGCGGAAAUCCCCUCGCACAAAGCACAGUUGGAUGACAGCGUAAACACAGAGAGGUGGAGGCCAUCUUGCAAAACAAUCUACGGUAUUCCACCCUACAUUCAGCAAGCAACUGUGCCUGUCCUCCCACCCUGGUGGCUGAAGGGAGCAGGAACACUUGGUGGCAAAGGAAUGCACACUUUCAAUAUGACUUCUCUAACCAAGUCUGAAAGCAUUUUGUCUGCUACACUGUAUUUCAAUAUUGAAGAGCUAGUGAACGUCAGCCUGAGUUGUCCACUAUCCCAAGGAUGUUCUCCUCACAAGCAGAGGAAACACAUUCACAUCGAUCUCUCUGCCUGGAUCCUCAGUUCCAACCCAAACCAAAAUCAGCCCCUGGGCCAUCUGUCAGUAGAUGUAGCCAAGCCUCAUCAAAAUGUGUCACCCUGGGUAUCUAAAGACAUCACUCAGCUUCUCAGGAAAGCCAAGGAAGAUGGGGAGUUCCUCAUAGGGUUCAACAUAACAUCCAAAGCACACCAGUUGCCAAAGAGUAUGUCACCUUUUCUGGAGCCUUAUAUCUUGGUGUAUGCCAAUGACGCUGCCAUCUCUGAGCCAGAAAGUGUGGUGUCAAGCUUCCAGGGACACUGGAAUUUCCCCACCGGAGCUGUGCCUAAGCUGGACAGCCACCUCAGAGUCGCCCUAUCCAUUGAACGGAGGAAGAAGCGCUCUACAGCGGUCUUGUUGCCUCUGCAAAACAACGAGCUCCCUGGGGCAGAGUAUCAGUACAAGGAGGACGGGGUAUGGGAUGAAAGGAAGCCUUACAAGACCCUUCAGACACAGCCCACUGAGAAAAGCAAGAGCAAAAAGAAACAGAGGAAAGGGCCCCACCAGAAGAGCCAGACUCUGCAAUUUGAUGAGCAGACACUGAAGAAGGCAAGAAGAAAGCAGUGGGUGGAACCUCGGAAUUGCGCCCGGAGAUACCUUAAAGUAGACUUUGCAGACAUUGGCUGGAGUGAGUGGAUUAUCUCCCCCAAGUCUUUUGAUGCGUAUUAUUGCUCGGGAGCAUGCCAGUUCCCCAUGCCGAAGUCUUUGAAGCCGUCCAAUCAUGCAACCAUCCAGAGUAUAGUGAGAGCGGUAGGGGUCAUCCCCGGGAUCCCGGAGCCUUGCUGCGUGCCAGAGAGGAUGUCCUCACUCAGCAUCUUAUUUUUCGAUGAAAACAAGAACGUCGUGCUCAAAGUCUACCCUAACAUGACAGUAGAGUCCUGUGCUUGCAGAUAACCUGGCAAAGAACUCCUUUGGAUGUUUAAUACAAUCAUUAGUUUAUUUUUAUGGACCUUUUUUUAUUUUGCACUGCCAAUGCAUUGUGUUCCAAAAGAUUUUUUAAUAUUCAAAAGAGAAUCUGAAAUUACCUGAUGAUUCCCGGAAAACAGAACUGGACUAUAUUUGUUUUUGAAUGUAACUAAAAGCAAGACUUUAGUAAAUAUGGACACCUUUUUCUCUUUUUUAAUCAUGCAUAAAAAACUAGCAAAUUGUUUUUAGAUCUCUUGGAGAAAACACGCUGAUUUAUUUUUGUAAUGGGCCUUAAAAAUCUAUUGGAAAAGCAGCAAUCGCUUAUCAUUUAUCUCUGCUCGUCUAAGGACUAUGGGAAAUAGUAACUUCAUAUUUUAAGUAGGAUUAUUGCGUUAGAUUCAUGAAAAACUCAGCAAGUGCUAAAUAACCCAACUGAUUUGAUGUUUAAUAUCUUUAGUGUUCUAAGACUUGCUUAUCCUUUUUCCAUUAGACACUAUGUAAGUUGAGUGAGAAUUUGUGUUGAGUGUGUGAAUGUGUGUGUGUGUGUGUGUUGUGUUUUCACAUGUCAGUGCCUGGGCCCCCUGUAAGAUUUACUUAAUAUGCUUCUGUAACUCAAUCUACAUAGGAUCCUUUUUUAGAAAUUUUAUUUCUAGUAAGCAACAUUCAAUUACCAAAAGCAGUGGAAGCAACCGAGAGUGUGCAUGGAGUUACCACUGAACCCAGGCGUUUCCCCGGAAACACAGUUGUUUUCAUGUCGCUGCAUCCCACAGAAGGGAAUCAGCUGCUCACAUUUUGAAAAUCAAAUGCAGUUCCUCUCCUGUACUUUUUUUCCACAAAUAUUUUCACUUGUUCCCUCAACUGAAUUUGAAAAUCUUUCUUGAAGCCAUUAAGUUUUUCCUCCUCUUGAUAUUCUUCUACUUCACGGGAGGUUGAGGCUCAAAAACUGUGAAACCCACGGUGGAGACUGUUGUCAUGCAUUAAAUGCCAUUCGUCGUGUAAGUCUGAGUUCUUGCCUCCAUCAUGAAAUCUACUCUUUAGCAAAACUCACUAAAAAUUAUCCACCAGGAAAGGGAGUCAAAUACAGACACUGCUUGCCCCCCCGUUUCCAUUUGUCAUAAUUAUCUCAUAUUUUUACCCUUGAAAAGUGUUUCAAAAAUCUUUCACUCACUGUAUUUACUUGAGAAACAGAAGUGAUUUCAGGCUAGGGGUGGUCACUAACGGUGGGUCUGUGGUUAGUCCUCAUUCUAGUUCAGUCUCACCUGGCAAUUAGAAAUAACUAAGCCCAUUCUGAGACUGCAGAAUCAGCAGAGUUGGGGUUUUGUUCCCUUUCUGCACAUAGCUUUCUAUGGUAGUUCAGUCAAAUUUAUAAAAAUUUGUUUUGUUGAACAUCUGUUUUGUGAGAGGCACUGCAUUAAUGGUGUGCUCUACGUGUCCUCUACGGUGAAAUGAAGAGGCUUAGCCCUUGAGCUGGAUAGCCCAUUAGGCAUGGAAAUGUUGGGUUUCUAGUACGAGCUAUUUCAUACACAUCUUCCUUGAAGGUGUGAGAGUGUUUGAUAUAAGACUCUACAAGUGUCUCUGUUCAUAAGCCAAAUGUGGGAGGAUCCUACACUUCGGUGUUGGUAAAUGAGUGUGGCGUUCUCUGUGGUCUAAGUGAUAUUUUAUUGGAAACCUAUUUUUAAAAUAUUGCCAUGAAAAGAGGCUCUUUGCCACUUUUGAAUUACACAAGCAUUGGUGUAAGUGUGUAUUAACCCUGAAUGAGACCUACCAAGUCUCAAAAGUGAGUUAAGUUCUAGUGCCUAAGUUACUUAUUUUCCUCCAGUUCAUUUUUGUUCUGCUACCAUAAACUUAAAGGUUCAAAUUGAGGUGAGGGAGGAAAUUAACUUUAAUACUUUUUCACACCAAGAGCCAAAUUUAAAAGACAAAAAAAGACCAGAGUUUGGCUAACAUAUCCUAGUCAUACUGUCUUUUGAAAAAGAAGAUUUCUUAUUCCUUGGUAGAUCUGAUUAAAUUCUUAGUUUUUCCUAGAGAUGUGUCUGGCAGGUCUUAAUAUCAUGUCUCAGCCUUUGGUAUGCAAUAAAUGUCUAUUACCUUUCUUAAUAUGAAUCAGUGACUACUUACUACAGAUUAAAUCUACAGGGGCAAAAAUAUCCUCUAAAUAAUAAAAAUUUUCAACUAAUUAAGAUUUAUUUUUACUAGCACUUGAUAGGAUAAGUUUACUGCACAAGGAAAAAGCUUGUGCAAUGGAAAUAGACUUCACCAGUAUUUUCUGGGUGAUCUUUUAACCCUCUACUGAAUUGAGAACAUAUAGUGACUUAAAUGGAAAAAAAGUACUAUUCCCAAAGAAUACAGAAAGACUGCUUCUCAGUAGUGAAGGCUGAUGCAAACGCACUGACAAUUCAAUUAAUGACAUUUAUUUAAAAUAUAAAAUUAAAUACAUUCCUGUUUCUCCAUUUGUUAGGUAAUAGUUUCUAUAUAAUUCCUAUGGGUUUUUUUUUAUAAAUUUCUUAAUACUAAAUUGGCAUGGGUCAGAAGAGAUACCACAUUUAUAAAUGACAUUUUCAAAAUCAUACAAGUUUCCCAUUCCCAAGCACUCCGCUAGCUGUCCCCCAGUGUGGGAUUCACACACACACAUACACACACACACACACACACACACACACACAAAGGGAAUUCUUUCCUCAGUAUCUGUUCUGUGCAUCUCAAGGAACUGCUAAUGUCAAUACAGUAUUUUAGGAAUACUUUGUUAUAACCAGUGUAAAUAAUUACAAUUUACAAGAUUCAAGCUUGUAGAACAUAAACUGGAAGAUUGGAUUCCUCAGCUCUCAGGACUACAGUAUUCCAGGUUAAUUUUUAUACUCACCUAGCUAUAUAUUAACCGAUGGUCAUUUAUUAAGGUAAAGUUUUGUAUGUUCGUAUUUCCGUAUGAAGCUCCUAUUGCCCAUUCAAUACUUUCAUAGGCAGUCAUACAUGAGUAAUACUAUCAUCCAUCUGACUUAUAAAAUUCUUUGUGUAAUUACACUACUCAGCUUAGGCUUGCUGCUUUCACCUUUCUCUGCUAAAAAUUAACUAAUGUUUGGACAUUGAUUUCUUGUUGAAUUGAGAAUAGAUACGCACAUCUGAUGUGUAAGAUUAAAUAAGCAAUUAUAAGAGAUCUUGGGUAAGUCUGACUCUGUAUAGUUUUUCUUCCCCUGAGAAUUGUAUUUCAAUGUAGUUUAUAAUUAAUAAAAUGAUCCCAUUUUUCUAAAAAUUAAGACUUUCCUUCAACCUGUCACACUUGUUUCUGUAAAUGUUUUAGCCGAGAAUUUAAUGCUUGUACAGUGAAUGGCAAUUAUAAAAAUAUAUAUAUUAUAUAUGUAUAUGGAAAAACUUUAAAGAUGCUUUUAAUUUAUUUAAUAACUGCUGCCUUCCUGUAAUAAUUUUCUUUCUUAGAAAGUAAGAAAAAAACUUUUUUUACUGUAGUUCCUAGAUGCAAAGUGAAAUUUGGUUCUGUAGUCAUUGAAAGAGUGUGUCACAGUGAGACUGUGGUGGACACGUCACUACUGAUGUACUAAGCUUUGCUGAAUUUGUAUCACUUUCCUCCACUAAUGAAGAGCUUUUCAUUAUACGGUAUGGAAAUAAAAAUCAUUUAAUUAAACAGU